GCGCUAUGUAGUAUGUCUAUGGAUGAUAUGUAAAAAAAAUCGAAGUACAGGUACUAAACCUGUUUAUAUCACUAAUGAUUUGUGUUUAUAUACCUGUAUAUUUGUUUGUUUAAAUUAAAAUUUUUUUUUAAAAUAAAAUACUUUUGAAAAAGGAGGGCAUAUUAAAUAGCAAAUUACUGAAUUUAAAUGAAUAUAUUAGGUAGAAAACUUUUAUACAUUUUUUAUAUUUAAUAAUUUUGCAUUUAGUGAUUUUCACUUUUGUGUACUCUUACAAAAGCAACAAAUUAAUAACAAUACGAAGAUGAAUGAACAGUAUGCUGUACGAACAUAUUUGAAGAGAUCUCUUGAUACAGAAAGUUUAUCUAAUGUAAAAAAAAAGCAUAAAAAUCCUCAACCAAAAAAUGCAGUAUGUACUUUGAAUGAAUUAAAAACAGGAGCUAUAUAUAAAGUUAUUUCACAAACUGGUCCUACUCAUGCUCCAAUAUUUACUAUUGCUGUGCAAAUUGAUGGACAAAUCUACGAAGGUAAAGGUCGUACAAAGAAAAUGGCAAAGCAUGCUGCAGCGGAGGUGGCAUUAAGAAAUAUUGUUCAAUUUAGAAAUACACCUGAGGUGCACCAUGUAAUGAAUUCAUUUCCAUCUAGUAUUUCUGUAGAACAUGACUUUACUAAUGAUAUAACAGAAGGAGAUCUUAUAAAUACAUUUAAAACAUUACCUCAAGAACCAAAGAGUACAAAUAAAUUUUUAGAUAAAGGGCCGGUGGCUCUAAUUAAUGAAUUAUAUCCAGGAGUUGUAUACAAAUGUGUAUCGGAUGCAGGUGAAAGUUAUGCUAAAUUUACUGUUGCUGUUACAAUAGAUGGAGAAAUUUUUGAAGGAACUGGACCGAGUAAAAAAUUAGCAAAAGCAGCUGCAAGUAAAGCGGCACUUGCAAAAUUGCGAAAUGUUCAUAGUUCUUCUUUUUAUAUGCCAGUUCCAGUUAAAGUAAUACCAAAUAUCACUAAUUCUGGUAAUUGGCAAGAACAAAUGAGUUUAUCGCAAACAUUGGCUGAUAAAAUUGGAAAAUUAGUAAACCAAAAAUUUUUAGAAUUAAUGCAAAAUAAACCUCAGCAUGCAAGACGCAAAGUUUUAGCUGGUAUAGUUCAAACUAAUGGAACAGAAACAGAAUUAAUUUGUAUUGCUACUGGAACAAAAUGUGUAUCUGGAGAACAUUUAAGUGUGAGCGGUAGAGCUCUUAAUGAUUGCCAUGCUGAAGUAAUUGCAAGGCGAUGUUUAUGUGAAUAUCUAUACAAACAAUUAGAAUUAUACAUAGUGAAUCAAGAACAAAGUUCUAUUCUAGAAGUUGCAAGAAAAGGUUACAAACUUAAACAAGGUAUUCAAUUUCAUCUUUAUAUAAAUACAGCACCUUGUGGAGAUGCGAGAAUUUUUUCUCCGCAUGAAGAUAGUGAUUCUAUUGAUAAACAUCCAAAUAGAAGAGCUCGAGGUCAAUUAAGAACGAAAAUUGAAUCAGGUGAAGGUACUAUUCCAGUUAAAAGUAGCGAAGGUAUUCAAACAUGGGAUGGAGUUUUAAUGGGACAGAGACUAUUAACAAUGUCAUGUUCAGAUAAAAUUGCACGAUGGAAUGUCUUAGGCAUUCAAGGUGCAUUACUUAGUCAUUUUAUCGAACCUAUCUAUAUUCAUAGCAUUGUUCUUGGAAGCUUAUUAAAUCCAAGUCAUAUGUAUAGAGCGGUCUGUGGACGUAUAGAAAAUACUAUACAAGGCUUACCUCCUCCAUAUAAACUUAAUAAGCCUCUUAUGAGUUUAAUUACAUCAUCUGAGGUUAGACAACCUGGAAAAGCACCAAACUACAGUGUCAAUUGGACGAUUGGUCAAUUAGAAGCUGAAGUAAUAAAUUGUACUACUGGUAAAGAUGAGUUAGGAAAACCAUCCAGGAUUUCAAAACAAGGUCUGUUUGGAAAGUUCUACAAUCUUUUAGGAAAACUUAAUACCAUUGAUGACACUGACAAAUUAAUAUGUCGUAAUUAUUUAGAUGCUAAGGCUUCUGUGCACAACUAUUCGUUAGCUAAACGUCAACUAAAAGAUGCGUUUAUCAGAGCUCAACUAGGUGCUUGGGUAAAAAAACCUAUGGAACAAGAUAUGUUCGAAAUUUCUGAUUAAAAAUAGAUAAUUUAAAUCACUCUCUGUAAUUACAUAACAA